GGAAAUACUUCGUUAACGCCAUUUAUUUGAUACCCACUAAGAUAUUUUCGCAAUAAUAGAUAGCAGUGGUCUCCUUUGAGUGACAGAAUACGUAUUAAAAAAAUAUCAUCUUCGGGAACGCAAUACAGCGAAUAAGAUAUUAAACAGUGAUCUCAUAUAUUAAAUAUGAAGAUGCUGAUAAAAGUUUCUGACCUGUUAAUUUUGUGUUGUGUGUUAUUGCUCAUUGCUUGCAUACACGACUCUGAUGCAAAGCGAGGUGGAGGAUCAAGAGGAGGAGGAUCUAGAUCUAAAAGUACAUCAGGUGGAUCUAGUUGGUGGUGGAGUAGCAAUAAGAAAUCAUCUUCAUCAUCCUCAAAGACCUCUUCGGUGGCUACUGGAGCUCACGCUCCCGCACCAGCCCCUAAAGCACCAGCUCCUCAACAUGAUACGAUCAAGAAACAAACUUCCCACGUGAGUCAUCAACAACCGGCAAGCAAUCCUAACUAUGGAAAUAACCAACAAAAUCCUAUUGGAUGGAACGUACCAGGGAACAAACAAGUUUCAGGUGGAUCUAGUUGGUGGUGGAGUAGCAAUAAGAAAUCAUCUUCAUCGUCCUCAAAAACACCUUCGCUGGCUACUGGAGCUCACGCUCCCGCACCAGCCCCUAAGGCGCCAGCCCCUCACUACAAUACGAUAAAGAAACAAACUUCCCACGUGAGUCAUCAACCGGCAAGCAAUCCUCACUAUGGAAACAAUCAACAAAAUCCGAUUGGAUGGAACGUACCAGGAAACAAACAAGCCCCUAAGGCGCCAGCCUCUCAACACGAUACGAUAAAGAAACAAACUUCCCAUGUGAGUCAUCAACCGGCAAGCAAUCCUCACCAUGGAAACAAGCAACAAAAUGCGAUGGGAUGGAACAUACCAGGGAACAAACAAGCCCCUAAGGCGUCGGCUCCUCAACACGAUACAAUAAAGAAACAAACUUCCCACGUAAGUCAUCAACAACCGGCAAGCAGUCCUCACUAUGGAAAUAACCAACAAAAUCCAAAUGGAUGGAACGUACAAGGAAACAAACAAGCUGGCCAUCACCAAACUCAUAGCUAUCCUACAGGAAACCAACCACAUGGUUCUUGGCCAAAUUCCGGUCAGUAUCCUCAUCAACAUGGAAGUUGGGGUACACAACACGGCAGUUAUGGCAAUCAACAUGGAGGAUGGGGUAAUCAACAACACGGUGGUUGGGGAGGUCAGCAACAAAGCGGUUGGGGAGGACAACAUGGCGGCUGGGGAGGACAGCACGGAGGUUACGGUGGUCAAAAUUACGGAGGUUGGGGUAAUGGUUAUUCCAAUCCCGGAUAUUCUGGUUAUGGAGGAAUGCAACGAGGUGGAUUUAUGGGUGGCGGCUAUGGUGGAGGUAUGGGAGGAUAUGGCAUGGGAAUGGGAAUGGGCAUGGGAAUGGGUGGUAUGGGUGGUUAUGGAGGCUACGGUAUGCAAAGGAAAUCCGGCUUCUUUAGUGGCGGUAGCACCUUUGGCAACAUUUUAACUGGUAUGGCCAUUUACCACGUAACUUCUAGUUUGGUGAAAGGGAUCUUUGGUGUGGGACAGAAAAGACCAUACAAUGUGUAUAAUUACUACAAUCAACCACCAGAAGCUAGAGAGGAAAUCAAGCUACCCUCUAAUCUCUUAACUAUGUGCGAAGGAAAUUUAACAACAGUCUGUACAGGAGCAACUGCUAUCUGUACUACAAACAAUACAGUUUUGUGUGUUGUCACCAUGUCGCAAGCUGCCCCUUGUGCUGAUGAAAAAGCAAUGUGUAUCAAUACUACUAUACCUUGCGCAGACAAAUCUGAUCCACUUUGUCAAAAUACUACGCAACAACAAACAGAAACAACAGUUAAUUUGCCGUGUUAUACAAAUCUCAGUGUUGAUAUUAAUCUAUUAAAUGAACCUGGAGCUGCAAAGACAGGUGAUGAUUAUCAGUACUGUGUAACUACUAUGGCUGUAGCGGGACCAGAAUACAGCAAGUGUUCAGAUGAGAGCAUUUUGGAGAAAUUUAAUUAUAGGAAUAUUUUGGCAGGAAACUAUAUCUGGAACCUUACAGUUAUACCCAUGAUGCGUAAAUAUCAAUCAUACAAUUACGACAAUCCAACCCAAACUCCAUCUGGUGAAUUGAAUCUACCAUUAACAGCCCUGAUACCGUGUAUUGAUAAUGCGACAGUAGUAUGUGCUCCAGAGCUAGUCACUAUCUGUACCGGCUUCGGUGAAGUCAUGUGUAUAAAACCUCUAACAGCUACAACUUAUUGCGAGCAGUACAAUACUACAUGCCAGACGAGCCAAAUAGAGUGUCAGGAAAACAUCGAACAAGACAUUUUGUGCCAAAACAAAACAGAAGAAGAACUAGUUAUCAAAGAAGAGAAAAAGUUUGUCAACGUAGAGAUGCCUUGCUUUGCCAAUGUAACUCUAAACACCAAUUUGCCUAAUUUUGAUAUUACAACGUUCAAUGGUACCAUUCCAGCAAGCGCUCCAAGUAGUUUUAUGUACCAUUACCACUUUUGUCUAAUAACUCUAAGUAUACCAGGUCCUGAAACUGAUAUGUGUUUGAUAGGUGAUGGAAAUUAAUCAAAAUCUUAAACACACUCUCUAUUACAUGUAUUUUUAUUUUAGAUUUAGAAUACUGAUUAAUACUUAGUUUUAGUGUCUAAUAAAUGAAACCAAGUUAGAAUGUAUUUUAAAUUAAGUUAUGCCUUUUAAAUUCAACACAGAUUUUGAGAGAAUUUAUUAGUUUUUACCAAAAUAAUAUAGUAGGAAUACUUUUAUAUACCACCUGUGUCAAUAAGUAAUAAAGAAUUGUUCUAAAGUA